UCCUUCCCCUCUCUGCCUCUCUUCCUGUGACUUCGACGACGAGGAGUCCAAACUAUGUAUUCCUGUGCUUCGCUCAAGAGAUAUGCACCUUCAAUCUGCCGAUUCCCAGGGAACUAUCGGCUAAACUUCCAUCCAUUUUUCAAUCAAGCAAGAGGCUUUUCUUCUUCUUCGUCUUCGUCGUCGUCUUCUUCUUCUUCAUCGAGCUUGUUUGCUUCGUCUUGCAUCGACGGAGAUAAGUCGGAACACUCUGGUUUUGCCUCUUUCCUGAAAUCAAUUUCAGGGAUUGCCGUCGGUUCAGGCUUCGGGUUCUUGUGUUGGUAUUCUUCUUCUUCUACGACUUACACCGAGGAUCCACAGUUGCAUUCCAGCAUUCAAGAUGCGGUUGGAGGAAAUAAAUCUCGCUACCUCUUUGGAGAUACAUUUAGGAGGAAGGUUUUCUUUAACUAUGAAAAGCGCAUUAGGAUGCAAAGUCCUCCUGAAAAGGUUUUUGAGUAUUUUGCAUCUUUUCGGACUCCAGGAGGGGAGGUGUUUAUGACACCGGCAGACUUGAUGCGAGCAGUUGUUCCUGUAUUUCCUCCAUCUGAAUCAAAUCUUGUUAGAGAAGGGUAUUUGAGAGGGGAGAGAAGACCUGAUGAGUUGCGAUGUGAUCCUUCAAACUUUUUUAUGCUUUUUGAUACUAAUAAUGACGGACUUAUAUCUUUCGCAGAGUAUAUCUUUUUUGUAACUCUCCUCAGCAUUCCAGAAUCUAGCUUCUCUGUGGCAUUCAAAAUGUUUGACCUUGAUCAUAAUGGCGAGAUAGAGAGGGAGGAAUUUAAGCAAGUGAUGGCUUUGAUGCGGACCUAUAACAGACAAGGUAAUCACCAUAGUGAUGGGAGACGAACUGGGCUUAAAGUUGGGACUUCUGUAGAAAAUGGGGGUUUGCUGGAAUACUUCUUUGGCAAGGAUGGGAAAGCAUGCCUGCAACAUGGAAAGUUUGUCGAAUUUUUGAGAAAUUUACAUGAUGAGAUCUUGUGGUUGGAGUUUGCUCAUUAUGAUUACAAGUUACGUGGAACCAUAUCAGCGAAGGACUUUGCUUUGUCCAUGGUUGCUUCAGCUGACAUGAGACACAUAAACAAGUUCCUUGAUCGGGUUGAAGAACUUGACAAUAAACCACGUCUUAGAGACAUCCGAAUUACAUUCAAUGAAUUCAUGGAUUUUGCGGAGCUUCGCAAAAAACUGCUGCCAUUGUCUCUGGCGAUUUUUAGUGAAGGAAAAAUUAAUGGUUUGUUGACAAGGAAGGAUUUCCAACAAGCUGCAUCCCAUGUAUGCGGUGUCAAUCUCACUGACAAUGUGGUUGACAUCAUUUUUCACAUGUUUGAUACAAACCGGGACGGGAAUAUAAGCACAGAAGAGUUUCUAAGAGUUAUAGAAAGAAGGGAGAAACAGAUUUCUCAACCUGUGGAGACAGGUUUAAUGGGAUUGAUUUCUUGCUGGUUGAGCGGUGCAAAGAGUUGCUCUAUGGCUUGAACACAUGUAUAUCACUUGAACUGUA